GCAUCCUUGGCCAAAACCAAAAAUAAAAUUUUUACGUGUUUUCUUUACUGAACGCUGUUAUCUAUGUCCUUUUCACUUCCUUGAAUAUUAUUAUGGGCCAGCAAGAGCGGUCUUUCUGCUGACGCUCCAGAGCUCAAGGAGGAUUUUCCCCGCGUUGAUCGCUGGUUCAUUGCUCCCGUUGUACUUCUUCGUCUGUGCGUUGCAUCGCAUUUCGUCGUCGUUAUGAGCGAGUGAGCCAUGACCAGGGCCCCUCUUCCCCCUUGCACAAGACAGACAGAUCAUUUCAGUCCAAUGGGGUACCUCCUGAAUGCAUUAACUCCAUUGUAUCCCCACCACGGAGCAACAGAGUGAGAGUUCCAGGAUUUCAUAUUUCCUACUUGUUGCUUCUUGUUUCUUCCUUUCUAGAAAUGUUCUGCGCAUUUUGCCUGAAAUGAACGCACCCAGUUCAUGCUGGUCCAUCUUUUCCGCUGAUGGGUAAGCACCAAACACUACUAGUCGCUUUGGUGGCUUUUGCUUUGGUACCUUAACUUCUCUGGCUUUGGGAAUCUCGUUCAGCGAAGUGGCUUGCGGCCAUAACUUCCCUUAUAAAGGAGAGAUCUUUCAUGGGGUUUCGCAGCCACUUGUCCUUGUUCUGCUUCGCUUUCGCGUGGAGUUUGCUUAUUGCAGACACCCACCAACUCCAGUCGUCGCAGACCCAAGUGCUCCUUCAGCUUAGAAAGCAGUUGGAGUAUCCACCGCCGCUGGAGAUUUGGAACGUUCAUGGAGUGGAUUUUUGCUCUCUCCCUCCAUCCCCAACUGUUAACCUCACGUGUGAGAACAACUUCGUUACCGAGCUCAAGUUAGCCGGCGAUAAGGCGCUUAAAGGUGGUUACUUUGAAGGGUUUGCAGUACCGAAUAAGACCUUGUCGCAGAACUUCUCCAUGGAUUCUUUUGUGAGCACUUUGGCAAGGUUGACCAGCCUCAAAGUUCUUCGUUUGGUGUCAUUGGGCAUGUGGGGUCCUCUUCCUGACAAGAUUCAUCGUUUGUCUUCGCUUGAACAUCUGGAUUUAAGCUCCAAUUUCCUCUACGGUUCGAUUCCUCCAAGGAUUUCGGCCAUGGUGAGGCUUCAGACUCUGGUGCUGGAUGAUAAUUUCUUUAAUGGCACUGUGCCCAAUUGGUUUGAUGCAUUGAAAAAUUUGACAGUUUUGAGCUUGAGGAACAACCGGCUGAGAGGUGAAAUCCCAUCUUCAGUCAAUAGUGUGAACACUUUGAGUGAAGUUAUUCUGUCUGAGAACGAAAUAGAUGGCAAAUUGCCGGACCUUAGCAGAUUGAGAAACCUACAUGUUCUGAAUUUAAGUGGAAACAAGCUUAGUUCUAGCUUGCCUGCAUUGCCGAAAGGACUGGUCAUGGCCUUCCUCAAUAAGAACUCCUUUUCUGGCCAAGUGCCAAAGGAAUACAGCCAACUGAAUCACCUUCAAUACCUUGAUGUUUCUUUCAACAGUCUAAGAGGAGUGCCUCCAAGUGCACUCUUCUCUCUGCCGAACAUCAGUUAUCUGAGUUUCGCAUCGAAUAUGUUGAGCGGGUCGUUUCCGCACGAUGUGGACUGCAGCAGUAAACUGGGGUUUGUUGAUUUCUCCAACAACAGAUUGAGAGGCAGUUUGCCUACUUGUCUAAGCUCCAAAUCAGGUGAUCUGAUUGUUCAUUCUGGUGGGAAUUGCUUAUCUGUUGACUCACAGCAUCAGCAUGCAGAAUCUUAUUGCUUGGAAAUUCGUGAGGUGAAACAACGUGGCUCUGGAGGGAAAAAUGUAGGAGUAAUGGUGGGUGUGAUUGGAGGAGGUGUGGUAGCUUUCGUGCUUCUGGCUUCUGGCUUUCUCAUUCUAUUCACAAGAUAUUGUUCUCGAGGAAUGUCAGAGCAGCAUUUGCUACGCAAACCAGGUCUAGAUGACUCAGAGGCUAGAUUCUCGUCUGAGAUCUUGACAAGUGCAAGGUACAUAUCUGAAGUUGCAAAGAUCAAUGCACAAAGUCUUCCACCAUGUCGGUCAUUCUCUUUUGAGGAGCUGAAAGUAGCUUCAAACAACUUUGAUGAAACUUUACUUUUGGGUGAAGGUUCUUAUGGGAAGCUUUACAGAGGACGACUAGAUAAUGGGAUGCAAGUUGCUAUCAGGUGUUUACCUUCAAGAAAAUAUUCAAUCCGCAAUCUAAGGCUGAGAUUGGAUUUGCUAGCAAAGCUUCGGCAUCCACAUCUGGUAUGCCUACUGGGCCACUGUAUUGAUGGAGGUGUAAGAGAUGAUCCAAGGAUUAACAAAGUCUUUCUAAUAUAUGAAUACGUGAAUGAUGGCAAUUUCCAGGCUCUUCUCUCUGGGAACAAUCCUGCAAAUGUUCUUACGUGGUCGAAGAGGUUGGCAGUGUUGAUUGGCGUGGCCAGAGCCGUACACUUUCUGCAUACUGGAAUAAUUCCUGGUUUCUUCAACAACAGAUUGAAGACAAAUAAUGUUUUGCUUAAUGAGCAUGGAAUGGCGAAGUUGAGUGACUACGGGUUAUCUGUAAUCUCGGGAGAAAUUGACAAGGAUGGGGGGGAUGGAGAAGGCCCUAGAUCGAGGCAAAGAAGAAUCUUUGAGGAUGAUGCCUACAGCUUUGGAUUCAUAAUACUGGAGUCCUUCAUUGGACCUUCAAUAGCGAGUAGAAGAGAGGAGUUUCUACUAAAUGAAAUGGCAUUAUUGAACAGACAGGAUGACGGCUGGCAGCGCAUAGUGGAUCCAUUUAUUCUAACCACUAGCUCACGAGAAUCAUUAUCAAUUGUCAUCUCCAUAGCAAAAAAGUGCAUGUCUUUUGACGGGAGCCGUCCAUCGUUCGAAGACGUCCUUUGGAACUUACAGUAUGCGGCUCAAGUCCAGGCUACAAUAGAUGGUGAGCAGAAAUAGGGAACUGCAUAAAACCAGCGAAUGUCUCUCAUUGAUGCACGAAGACGAUGCCAUCCGUCCUUGCUCCUACCUCUCUUUGUGUACGAGCUAGCAUGUACGGCAUAUUAAUCAGGCUGUGGGGAGGCUCGACGCUUAGAGUUUUCAUCAAUCGCGGGAACCCUUGUAUGGCAUUACAUAAUCCAUAUCGGUUAAGUGCAAUCCACAGCUAAUGGCUUGCACAUUUCUUGCUGAUGGAUUUAUCUGAAACAAUCGCCAUGUAAUAAUGAUGGAAUUCAAAACUAUGAUUUAUUUUCUGUUGAGGAUAAUGAUCCGAGAUGGAACUGCCCCGAAAUGACAAAACCAAUGUGAACCGUCUCCUGUUUCUUUGUACUCCUUUUACGACGACGUUCGUAAUGCACGGCUCGAAUAGAUUCCA